AUGAAUGGUUCUGAUAUCCGAUCAUUGUCUCUUCCUGGAAUAUAUGAAAAGAUCACUCAUUUAGGAAAUUCCUUGAAAAAAUUUGUUUAUCUGAAAUCUCUUGACCUCUCACGCAAUGCACUGAUUACAUUGGAGGGCCUUAAACAUCUCACGUACUUAGAAAAGCUCAAUCUCUACUUCAAUCACAUCUCCUCUUUAUCAGAAGUGCUACGACUCCACAAUUUAACUGCACUUCAAGUUGUGGAUUUCCGACUGAAUCCUGUUGUUAAAAAUGAAUCAGAUUAUCGCCUUUUUGUUGUACAUAUGCUUCCUAAUCUCAAAAAGUUAGAUGAUUGUCCCGUAACAGAAAGUGACCGAAAAGCAUCACUUUUGUAUUUUACCUCAGAUCAGGCCUAUGCAUUCAAGAAAUCUGCAGUUUUAACCAAAAGAAUUAAACCUAGCAGGUUUAUUCAUCCAAGAGUUGAAUAUAUUAAUUCUAUGUCAAAAAAGUAUCUGGCAGUGGAUGAAGAUGAUGAAACAGCCUUACGUCUUUUAGCAAAAUGUGAAUGGGAUUUAAGAAAACAUGCAGAAAUAAGUUUAUCAUCUAAAAAGGAUCCUGAAGUAGAGCUUCACAAUUUAAAAAAUAAUUCCAUUUUGAACAUUAUAAGUUGUCUGAGUAUUGAUGGGACAAAAACUCAUAAUACUUUCCAAAGGGAAGAAAGCCAAGUAACAGAGAAUGACAGUUGA